AUGGCGCGCUUCGGAGACGACCUGCCCAGCCGCUAUGGAGGCGGCGGCGGCGGCGGCGGGGGCCCCGCGGGGCCCGGCGGGGGCCGCGGCGGCAGCAGCAGCGGCGGCGGCGGCGGCGGCGGGGGCAGCAGCGGCCGCCCGGGCCCCCCCGGCCCGCCCGGCCCGCGGCCCCAGAUGUACAAGCAGUCCAAGGCCCAGCGGGCCCGGACCAUGGCCCUCUACAACCCGAUCCCCGUCAAGCAGAACUGCUUCACCGUCAACCGCUCCCUCUUCGUCUUCAGCGAGGACAACGUGAUACGCAAAUACGCCAAGCGGAUCACCGAGUGGCCUCCAUUUGAAUAUAUGAUCUUGGCUACAAUUAUAGCUAAUUGCAUUGUUCUGGCUUUGGAGCAGCAUUUACCUGAUGGCGACAAGACCCCCAUGUCUGAGAGGCUGGACGACACGGAGCCAUACUUUAUUGGAAUAUUUUGCUUUGAAGCUGGCAUAAAAAUAAUCGCACUGGGGUUCGUCUUUCACAAAGACUCUUAUCUCCGAAAUGGCUGGAAUGUGAUGGAUUUUGUUGUCGUCCUUACAGGGAUUCUGGCCACAGCUGGGACCCAAUUUGACCUGCGGACUCUGAGAGCCGUCCGAGUACUAAGGCCAUUGAAGCUUGUCUCAGGAAUCCCAAGCUUGCAGGUUGUCCUCAAGUCCAUCAUGAAGGCGAUGGUGCCGCUCCUUCAAAUUGGCCUCCUCUUGUUCUUCGCCAUUGUCAUGUUUGCCAUCAUCGGGCUGGAGUUCUACAUGGGCAAGUUCCACAAAGCCUGCUUCUCCAACGAAACAGGGGAGAGGCUGGGAGAUUUCCCAUGCGGAGAAGAGAGACCGGCCAGGCAAUGUGAAGAGGGAAUGUGCAAAAAGUACUGGGAGGGCCCAAACUUUGGGAUUACCAAUUUCGACAAUAUCCUGUUUGCGGUACUCACCGUCUUCCAGUGCAUCACCAUGGAGGGAUGGACUGACAUCCUCUACAAUACAAAUGACGCUGCGGGGAAUAUGUGGAACUGGCUUUACUUCAUUCCACUCAUCAUCAUAGGUUCGUUCUUCAUGCUCAACCUGGUACUUGGUGUCUUGUCAGGUGAGUUUGCCAAAGAACGAGAGAGAGUUGAAAACCGGCGCGCCUUCCUAAAACUCCGGAGACAGCAGCAGAUAGAAAGGGAGCUCAAUGGCUACUUGGAAUGGAUCUUUAAGGCAGAGGAGGUGAUGUUAGCCGAGGAAGACAAGAAUGCUGAAGAGAAAUCCCCCCUGGAUGGGAGGGCCGCUUCUGAAGGCCCAAUCCUGCGAGGCACAGCAACGGUGGAGCUUAGCAGCGGCGGCAGCUAUAACAUGCUGAAACGAGCCACAAUAAGGAAGAGCAAGAAUGACCUAAUCCAUGCUGAAGAGGGUGAGGACCACUUCACAGACGUUUGCUCAGUUGGGUCUCCGUUUGCCCGUGCCAGCCUUAAGAGCAGCAAGAACGAAAGCUCCUCCUACUUCCGCAGAAAGGAGAAGAUGUUCCGAUUCUUCAUCCGGCGAAUGGUGAAAGCUCAGAGCUUCUAUUGGAUGGUCCUCUGUGUAGUGGCCCUGAACACGAUGUGUGUCGCCAUUGUGCAUUAUGACCAGCCAGAGGGACUCACCACCGCAUUGUACUUCGCAGAGUUUGUCUUCCUGGGCCUGUUCCUCACCGAGAUGUCCCUGAAGAUGUAUGGCCUGGGGCCAAGGAACUACUUCCACUCCUCAUUCAACUGCUUUGACUUUGGGGUGAUUGUGGGGAGCAUCUUUGAAGUCAUCUGGGCUGCUGUGAAACCUGGGACUUCCUUUGGCAUCAGCGUAUUGAGGGCUCUUCGGCUGCUGAGGAUUUUCAAGGUCACCAAGUACUGGAACUCCUUGAGGAACCUGGUAGUUUCCUUGCUGAAUUCAAUGAAGUCCAUCAUCAGUUUGCUCUUCCUCCUCUUCCUCUUCAUCGUCGUCUUUGCUUUGCUGGGGAUGCAACUCUUUGGAGGACAGUUUCAUUUUAAAGAGGAAACGCCAACCACCAACUUUGAUACGUUCCCCACUGCCAUUCUGACUGUGUUUCAGAUUCUAACCGGGGAAGAUUGGAACGCGGUGAUGUACCAGGGGAUAGAAUCCCAAGGGGGCGUCCAUUCAGGGAUGUUCUCUUCCGUCUACUUCAUUGUCUUGACACUGUUUGGUAACUACACACUCCUGAACGUCUUCUUGGCCAUCGCUGUGGACAACCUUGCCAACGCUCAAGAGUUGACCAAGGAUGAAGAAGAGAUGGAAGAGGCCACGAACCAAAAGCUUGCCCUGCAGAAGGCCAAGGAGGUAGCAGAUGUUAGUCCUCUGUCAGCAGCUAACAUUUCCAUAGCAGCUUUUGUAAAGCAAACUCGAGGUACUGUAUCACGCAGCUCGUCAGUCUCCAGCGUAAAUUCACCCAAACAGCAGAACGCCUCCAAGUCGAAAUCGGUGUGGGAGCAAAGGACCAGCCAGAUCCGGAUGCACAACUUCCGGACCAGCUGCGAAGCGCUGUACAACGAACUGGAUCCAGAGGACAGGGUGCGCUAUGCUACCAACCUCCACAUCCGUCCGGAUAUGAAGACUCACUUGGACCGGCCCUUGGUUGUCGAACCAAGGAGUGACGGUCGUAGCAACAACAUCAAUAAGUUAAGUCCCAUCGAUGGGCAGGAAACAGCCGAGCCGGGGAAGGCCCUUCCAGCUGAGAGCAGCGAGGGCCUUCGGAAGCAGCACCGGCAUCGGGAGAAAGACAAGGCAGCCGAGCAGGAAAAGAGCCAGGCGCCCAAGGAAGAGAAUGGGGAAUCCGGCACGAACCAUAAAGACGAACGCCAUCGGCCGCAUAGGAGCCGCAGCAAGGAGGGCGAGGGAGGUGGGAAGGAAGGUAAAAGUGAGCGCAACCGAAACCAGGACGGAGGUAGACGCCAUCACCGCCGUGGGUCAGUGGAGGAAGGAGCCGAGAGGGAGCACAGGCGACACCACGUCCACCGGCACUCAGCCGAGCGGCAAGCCAAAGAAGGCAACGGGAACAUCAACGGAACCAAGACGGAGCGCCGUUCACGGCACCGGGGAGGGUCCAGGCCCGGUAACCGGGAAGGAGAUCCGGGCUCCAAAGGAGAGGGCGGAGAAGAACCCCACAGACGGCACAAGCUGCGGCACAAGGCCCUCUCGACUUACGAGUCGGUGGACAAAGAGAACGGGGAGAAGGAGGGCGAACCGGGGGAGAAGGAGCUGAGGAAUCACCAGCCAAGGGAAGGUCAAGGCGACACCGAGGCUGGUGGGAGUGUGACUGUUGCCCCCCUGCACACCCUGCCCAGCACCUGCCUGCAGAGGGUGCCUGAACAGCCGGAGGAUGCUGACAACCAGAAGAAUGUCACCCGCAUGGGUCAGCCAUCUCUGGACAAAACUGCCACUGUGAACAUUCCUGUCACUGUCACAGCCCCACUUGGGGAAGCUGCUAUCAUACCAAUGAACAACGUUGAAUUUGAAAGUAAAACAGAAGAGAAGAAAGACAUGGAUGCUGAUAAUGACUUGACGAACAGCGGACCCAAACCAAUCCUGCCUUACAGCUCCAUGUUCGUUUUAAGUCCUACCAACCCAAUCCGGCGCCUGUGCCAUUACAUCGUGAACAUGCGCUACUUUGAGAUGGUCAUCCUCAUUGUCAUUGCGCUCAGCAGCAUUGCAUUGGCUGCCGAAGAUCCUGUCCAAGCUGAGUCACCAAGGAACGAGGCCCUCAAGUACCUGGAUUAUAUAUUUACAGGUGUCUUUACGUUUGAGAUGGUGAUAAAGAUGAUUGAUCUCGGCCUGCUGCUUCAUCCUGGCGCCUAUUUCCGCGACCUCUGGAACAUCCUGGAUUUUAUUGUGGUCAGUGGGGCUCUUGUAGCCUUCGCCUUUUCAGGUAACAAAGGUAAAGAUAUCAACACCAUCAAGUCCCUGCGAGUGUUGAGGGUCCUUCGGCCUCUGAAGACCAUUAAACGCCUGCCAAAGCUGAAGGCGGUCUUUGACUGUGUGGUGAACUCUCUGAAGAAUGUUCUCAACAUCCUCAUUGUUUACAUGCUCUUCAUGUUCAUCUUCGCUGUCAUCGCUGUACAGCUUUUCAAAGGGCGAUUCUUCUACUGCACGGAUGAGUCAAAGGAUUUGGAGAAAGACUGCAGAGGUCAAUAUCUGGCUUAUGUGAAAGACGAGGUGGAGGCUCAGCCCAGGCAAUGGAAGAAAUAUGAAUUCCACUAUGACAACGUCCUCUGGGCUUUGUUGACACUGUUCACCGUCUCCACAGGAGAGGGGUGGCCGACCGUUUUGAAGCAUUCUGUCGAUGCAACGUAUGAGAACCAAGGCCCAAGCCCUGGGUACCGGAUGGAGAUGUCGAUCUUCUACGUGGUGUAUUUUGUUGUCUUCCCCUUCUUCUUUGUGAACAUCUUUGUGGCUUUGAUCAUCAUCACCUUCCAAGAGCAGGGUGACAAAGUAAUGUCUGAAUGCAGCCUGGAGAAAAACGAGAGAGCCUGUAUAGACUUUGCCAUCAGUGCCAAGCCUCUGACCCGCUACAUGCCGCAAAACAAGCAGUCCUUCCAAUACAAGAUGUGGAAGUUUGUGGUCUCGCCUCCGUUCGAGUACUUUAUCAUGGUCAUGAUUGCGCUCAACACCAUUGUGCUGAUGAUGAAGUUCUACGGUGCCCCAAAUCCAUAUGAAGAAAUGCUGAAAUGCCUCAAUAUUGUGUUUACAUCCAUGUUCUCAUUGGAAUGUUUGCUGAAGAUCAUUGCCUUUGGCGUGCUGAAUUAUUUCCGUGACGCCUGGAACAUCUUUGAUUUUGUCACUGUCUUGGGAAGUAUUACUGAUAUUUUAGUAACGGAGAUUGCGGACAAUUUCAUCAACCUCAGCUUCCUCCGACUCUUCCGGGCUGCAAGACUCAUCAAGCUUCUGAGACAGGGCUACACCAUCCGGAUCCUACUAUGGACUUUCGUCCAGUCUUUCAAGGCCUUGCCAUAUGUGUGUCUCCUCAUUGCCAUGCUGUUCUUCAUCUAUGCCAUUAUUGGCAUGCAGGUAUUUGGAAACAUUGCACUGAAUGAUGACACCUCCAUCAAUCGACACAACAACUUCCAAACCUUUCUGCAAGCUCUGAUGCUGCUUUUCCGGAGUGCCACCGGGGAAGCCUGGCACGAAAUCAUGCUUGCGUGCCUCAGCAACCAAGCCUGCGAUGAAGACUCCAAUCUCAGCAAAAACGAGUGUGGCAGUGACUUUGCUUAUUUUUACUUUGUCUCCUUCAUCUUCCUCUGCUCCUUUUUGAUGUUGAACCUGUUUGUGGCUGUAAUCAUGGACAACUUUGAGUACUUGACUAGAGACUCUUCCAUCCUAGGACCCCACCAUCUCGACGAGUUCAUUCGCGUUUGGGCAGAAUAUGACCCAGCUGCCUGUGGCCGCAUCAGUUACACAGACAUGUAUGAAAUGCUGAGACACAUGUCACCUCCACUUGGACUGGGAAAGAAAUGCCCAGCCCGCGUUGCCUAUAAGCGCUUGGUAAGGAUGAACAUGCCCAUCUCAAACGAUGACUUGAGCGUCCACUUCACAUCGACGCUGAUGGCCUUGAUCCGAACUGCCCUGGAAAUCAAACUUGCGUCAGGGAUCCUCCAGCACCAGUGCGAUGCUGAGCUGAGGAAGGAGAUCUCGUUGGUUUGGCCCAAUCUCUCCCCGAAGACGCUGGAUCUCUUGGUCCCGCCUCAUAAAUCUGAAGCAAUGACAGUGGGGAAAGUCUAUGCGGCCCUCAUGAUAUUCGACUUCUACAAACAGAAUAAGAACACCCGUGAUCCCGCUCAUCCAGCCCCUGGAGGUAUUUGCCAGACUGGGAAGGUGUCCCUCUUCCAGCCUCUGAAGGCAGCCCUGGAGCAAAGCCAGCCUUCUUCCAUAUUCCCCAACGCUUUCCUGCGUCAAAAGAGCUCUGCUUCGCUCAACAACGGGGGAGCCUUACCAAUGCCUGAGGGAGGCGGAAUCAAGGAGUCUGUUUCCUGGGGAACUCAGCGGACUCCGGACAUCUUUUACGAAACCAGGACACCGGCUUUUGAGCGUGGCCGUUCAGAAGAAAUUCCCAUUGAGCAGACAAGCAAACAGGUAGUAGAAAUGCGAGAGAUCAGCCCGACGCUGGCCAAUGGCGAGCAUCAGCCUGGCCUGGAGAGCCAGGGGCGAGCUGCUUCCAUGCCACGUCUGGCGGCGGAAACUCAGCCCAUCCCGGACUCCAGCCCCAUGAAACGCUCCAUCUCCACACUGAACCCGCAGCGUCCCCAUGCCACGCACCUCUACGAACAUCCCCGGCCGGCUGAGCACACCCACCACCACCACCAUCGCUGCCACCGGCGGAAAGAAAAGAAGCAGAAGUCCAUCGACAAGCCAUCCAACCACCUGGCCGACGGAGAUCCUGAUGGCGAGGCCAGCUCCAAGGUCCGAAAGCAGGAGCGAGGCCGGUCCCAGGAACGGAAGCUCCACUCUUCUUCCUCGUCUGAAAAGCAGCGCUUUUACUCCUGCGACCGCUACGGAAGCCGAGACCCCUCUCAGCCCAAGUCGUCCGAGCGUAGUAGGCCCACCUCCCCCAGCGGAGGGCUGGAGUACGGGAUGCAGAAACAGGGCAGUGGUUCAGUUAACGGGAGCUCCUCGCUGUUGACUUCUAGCGCUAGCACUCCGUGCCGCGGCCGGAGGCAGCUGCCGCAGACGCCGCUGACCCCGCGCCCCAGCAUCACGUACAAGACCGCCAACUCCUCGCCCGUGCACUUCUCCGGCUACCCGACCGGCCUGCCCACCUUCUCCCCGGGACGCCUGAGCCGGGGUCUCUCUGAGCACAACGCUUUGCUGCAUGGCGACUCCCAGGGCCCCUCGCAGACCCUGGUGGCACGGAUUGGAUCGGACCCUUACCUGGGCCAUCGGGAAGACAGCGACAGUCCGUACCACGCUGUACCUGAGGACACGCUCACGUUUGAGGAGGCCGUGGCCACCAAUUCAGGAAGGUCCUCCCGGACGUCUUACGUCUCCUCUCUGACUUCCCAGUCACACCAAAUCCGCAGGGUCCCCAACGGCUACCACUACAGUUUGGGCCUGAGUUCUGGGCCUGGGACCAGCACCAGAGCACGUAGCUAUUACCAUGAACGCAAUGAAGACAGUUGGUGCUAGCAGGAAAGAGCCCGGGUUCUUGCACACUGGAAAUUGAUGAGUUUUAUCAUCCAGGAAGCGCCACGCUUGUGCGUCUACGUGCACGCUCAGCCCCAUGGCAUCAGGGCUGGAG